UGUUUGAUAGUUUCAACAGGACGAAUCAAAUUAUCAUAUUAAUGUUGUCAGGUUCAGUCAUUUUAAUAUAUCAGCUCCAGUACAUGAACACAGAGAAAGAGGUUUAAUGUGAAUUAUAACAAUGAACUAACUGUGGGGUCCGAUCUGUGCGUUGUGUUUCUAUGUUCUGUGCCGUUCACACACUAACGCGCUGGUUCAGGUGCAGCUCUGCAGCCUGAACGAGGACUCGAAUAAAAACUGGUCCGCGGUGUCCUCGUCCUCCUCAUCCGGAGAAAUGUCAGCCUUCAGCCCGAACCGGGUCCAGCCCGGAGAGCAGAGCCGGAGCGGAACCGAACCGGACCCGGACCCGCAGGAGGCCGGGGUCCUGCAGCAGCAGACCGUGUUUGUCAUCCUCAACUCGGCUGAAACUCUCAACCUCGUCCGGGUGGAGUCUGGUAUUGUCGCUGACAUGGAGGUUGAUGGUUUGCUGCCGUCAGACUGUGACACCUUCUACCAGAUCAAGAGUCAACCAAUCAGCAUCAGUUCAUCAGUAGCUGCCUCCUCCUCUUCCUCCUCUUCAUCGUCACUGCCGUCAGUCAUGUCGUCAAGGGUCUUAAUGCGUCAGGAUCUGAUGCGUCAGCAGGCUCUAGAGGAGGAGCAGAAGGAGGCGCAGCAGCAGCAGCUCCUCCGCUCCAUCGACUCCUCCUCCUCCCCCAUCAGCGUGUCUUCGUCCUCCUGCAGACCUCCUGCUCAGGUCCCUGUGGAGGUGCUGAAGGUUCAGACUCACCUGGAGAACCCCACCAGGUAUCACAUCCAGCAGGCCCAGAGGCAGCAGGUCCAACAGUACCUGUCCACCACCCAGACGGCCAAUCAGCCGCCAGCUGGCCACUCCCCCCAGCUGGGCUCCAAGGGAGGACAGCCAGUGGACAGCAGCCCCAAGCAGGAGAUGGAAGAGGCCGUCAUCAAUGAUGUCAUCAGCCUGGAGUCGAGCCUGAACGACGAGUUCCUGACACUGAUUGGUCCACAGUUCGCCAACACGCUGCCGGUGUCGGGGAAUUUGCUGGACGUGUACGAUGGCAGCAGAGAGAUGGCCACGCCCACCGUCACCAUUAGCAACAGCUGCCCGGCCGACCUGCACGCCAUCAAGAGAGAGAUGAACGAUGUGGAGACCAAAGCUCUGAUGAAGGAGAGACAGAAGAAGGACAACCACAACCUCAUCGAGAGGAGGAGACGCUUCAACAUCAACGAUCGCAUCAAAGAGCUCGGAGAUCUGAUUCCCAAGUCCUCGGACCCGGAGAUGCGCUGGAACAAGGGGACCAUCCUGAAGGCGUCGGUGGAUUACAUCCGUAAGCUGCAGAAGGAGCAGCAAAGAGCCCGAGACAUGGAGGAGAGGCAGAGGAGGCUGGAGACCACCAACCGCUCGCUGCUGCUCCGCAUUCAGGAGUUGGAGCUGCAGGCCGGCCUCCAUGGCCCCUCCUCCUCUUCCUCCUCCCCUCCUCCCACAUCCUCGUCCUCCUCUCUGGACCCCCAGACCCUGCUCUCCCCUGCCCUGCCUCACUCCUUCUCCACCUCCUCCUCCUCCCCCCUGGUGACUCCUUCUCUGGGUCUGGACGCUCUGAGCUUCGUGGAGCUGGACGAGCCGCGGGGGGCGUCCAGCGUCUUCUCCCCGGACCUGAUGUGUGACGUGGGGCUGACGGAGCUGCAGGGCCUGGGGGAGCUGCUGAUGGAGGCGGGGGGAGGAGGGAGAGGAGGCGCGAUGUCCGACCCCAUGUUGUCCUGCGGCGCCUCCAAGACGAGCAGCAGGAGGAGCAGCUUCAGCAUGGACGAGGACCUCUGAGGGCGGCGCCGCCAGCAGCGCUCUGAUUGGCUGGAGCUGGAGGCGGGGCUUAUUUUCUGUAUUUUUAGCUUGUGACAUCGUCCCAGAGUAACCAUGGUAACCUCAUAUCUUCCACCGGACUGCUGUCUUCUCCUGUAACCUGGGCAACCGCUUUUUAUCAUUUACCCCCCCCCAUUGACAGUUACCAUGGUUACCCCUGUGAGACGGCCACGCCCAUUUUAACAGUGGUUGCCACGGCAACUGUUCCCCCUGCCCCUGGCGACGUUAUCAGAAGGUUCUUAACACGAAGACCUCGUCCAGCGCUGAGGACACGUCUGGUAGCUGAAGCUGAGGGACGAGCUGCAUGGACACGUCACGGCGCCACAGACACAACGCUGCCCUCACAGGGGCCGCGGCGUUCUCAGGAAUCAUCUUACCUUCCAUGUUAUGUUGUAGUGAGUCAGUGUAUCAUGAUACGAUCCUUAUUAUGGGAUGUAGUGGGAGGCCCACCCUAGUGUUCAGAGUUUGUAGCCAGCUGCUAAUUAGCUGCUAACUAGCUGCUAACUAGCGGCUUAUUAGCUGCUAACUAGCUGCUUAUUAGCGGCUUAUUAGCUGCUAACUAGCGGCUUAUUAGCUGCUUAUUAGCUGCCAUAAAUAAGCCUUAUUGUCACACGACUAGUUUAAUGUGGUAAUCUGUGUCUGUGAUCUUAAUCCCAUGUGAAACCAUUAGACCAGGGAUGAAAUCAUCACAUCAACAUCAUUAAUGUGUUCAUCUGGUUUAAACACUGACACGUUCUUGGUCAUUUCUUCCCCGGGAUCAAUAGACUCUAAAAUAUAGUUUUUAUUAUCACUUAUCACGACGUGUGGAGCGCGGCAGAAAGUAGCAGAGACGUGACUGUGGACAGUAAAUUAGGACAAAGCUCAGAGAAACAGCGUCACAAAGGUCACCAGGGCAGAGGGUGGAAAUAAAACACGUGAAGUGCUGCAGCGCCCCCUGCUGGUCAGGGAAGGAGUAGCACCGACAUAGACUGUAGGAAAGUGGUGAACUCCAGGGACACGGGCGCCGCCAUCUUGUUUUCAGUGGGUCCAGGUUCAGGAUGAGUCGUCCCUCCUCCCUCGUUCCAAUGAAAGUUAGCGAUCUCUAGUAACAGGUGGAGGGCAGGUGUUUAUAUAUAUAUAUAUCAUCUUCUACUAGGGUCGGGGUGGGGGGGGUUGCUGGAGCUUAUCCCUUAUACUACGAUAUUUCAGAUUGUACACAGAUGUUCCUAUGGGGUUGUCAUGGCAACUGUCUAUAAUCAUGAUGUCACUUCCCAUUUCUAUAGAAUUAAAUAACUUGAACAUAUGUCAGCAUUAUACAUUACACAGCAUUAACUACCUAAAACGUAUGUAACGUGUAUUCUAGUGUCUUAGUUUGCCCUAAGCCCCGCCCAGUAACACGGGAGGGGGUGGAGCUAAUGACCUAUACUACAGCCAGCCACCAGGGGGAGCUCUACUGCCUUCGAGGAGCCGUCAUGACGUCCACGUUUUUUACAGUCUGUCCUGCUCCUUCUUUCCUGUAAAUAUUUGUACAUAAACAUAUUGAUCUGUAAUCACUGUGCUGGAAACAAACGUCAUGGGAUGAGAUUUGAUUUUAUCUUCAGAAGGGAAACGAAUGCUGUCUUUAACUGCUUCCAGUUUGUUUCUGUGAAAUCAGUCCUCGCGUUUAUAGACGUGAAGGAAAAGUUUGUACUGUCUGUCAGCGUCUGUUUUUAUUUUAAUGUUUCAUUUCCUGGAAAAUGUUUUACAAAUGCUGGUGACUCAUCCUUCCCCCGGGGGGCGUGUUAAUAGUGACUCAGGUGUGUGUGUGGGCGGAGCCUGUUCAGACCAAUCAGAGCAGACUUGGACUCCUUGGCUCUGAUUUUAAAGCAAACAUGUAAAAUGUUAGCCGACUGUUAGCCGACUGUUAGCCGACUGUUAGCCGACUGUUAGCUGACUGUUAGCUGACUGUUAGCCGACUGAUGGGAGUGUUAUAUAUGAAUAAAGGGAUUCCUGUUUGUUUGUUUGUCUGUUUAUUGUCGUUUAUGAUUUCAGUUCCUGUUUGUUUAUAUAGAUCUGCCUUGUUUUCACAUUUUUAUAUAGAAAUAAAGUCGAGAACGAAAAACCAAACAAA